AUGGUGAUAACCAAAACUUUUGUUCAUCAGUUACAUUAUAUUAUUUCAGAACCAAGUACAAAUGAUCUUAUUGGCUGGGCAGAUCCUGAAUAUGAUAAUAAUUCAUUCUUUUUAAAACCACAUGACAAAAGAUUUGCUGAACUUGUAUUGAAAAGGCAUUUCAAACAUGGGAAUGUUAGCAGUUUUGUUAGACAAUUACAUAUGUAUGGAUUUCACAAACUUCCCAAUACCGAGAAUAAUACUAAGAAUCAAACAGCUAAUACCAAUCACAACGCUCCAAAAACAAAACUCCAUAAGUCUGAAAUGGUAUGGUAUUUUACUCAUCCAUCGGGUUAUUUCACUAGAGAUUCUAAUAGAGAACUUCUAAGUAAAAUUCAUAGAAAGACUACUGGAAUGGGAAAGGAUGGGAAAAGAAAAAAUAUCCUAUCGCCUGUUUGUGUCAGUUAUUUUGAUCAUAAUGGUAACCCAAUUCAUUCUCAACAUGUAAAUAUGUUCCAAAAUAAUCUGCCGUUAACUGAUCGUUUCGGUAACCAAACUGAAAUUAACAUGGGAAACCAACUUAAUAUGAUGAAUGAAGUUCCAAGAGGAAGUGUUAGCUAUAAUAAUACCCCAGGUAGUCAAGUUAGAGUCCCUGAGGCAAGAACAUAUUCGCAACCGUUAUUACAAACAAGUCCGAGACUCCAAACUGUAGUAGGAGCUUCAAAUCAAAACAAUAACAUUCGAAUAUCACAAUCUACAUCAGAAAAUAACGGGAUAUAUUAUGGAAGUGAUAACAACAGUAGUUUUACAACCACCUCCUCACUAUUACUUCCUUAUAACAGAAAUAAUUUACAAUUUCAUAUUCAAUCUCAAAAUAAUUUACCUUUACAAACCACAUAUAAUAUUACUUCAUCUUCAUCUAUGAUGUCACUUCCAUAUAUGACCUCCAGUAUUCCAAUAUCUCCUUCCGUGGGAUAUAUUCCCCAAGCAGCUCCAUCAUCAAAUCACCAAUCUGUAUUAAAACCAACCCCUUUAAAUGGAACUGAUCCUAUUCCAAUCAGUACAUAUGAUGGGGUCAAUAAGCCAACUACAAGACCUUAUUUCAUUAACGGGGAGAAUACUCAAUCUAUACCGAAUCUACCAAUUACCCAAAAAAUAUAUGUCGAAAAGACAAACUCAAAUAUACUAAUUCCAGUUACUUAUUCAUUAGUUGGGCCUGUUCCACAACAUUCUUCGCAACCUGCACUAACAAAAUUGAAAAAUAGUGAACCAUCGACUCAAGAUUAUACACAACCUAAAGUACUGCCACUUUCUUCUGAUAGCAAAAUCACGGAGGUUAACAAUACUUCUGCUAUUUCAACGUCCAGCGUUCCAAAGAAAAAUUCAGAAGAACCCUUGCUAUCUCCUGUCCAUCCAACACAAAAGGUUCUAAGUGAUAAUAAUGACAAUAAUAGAAGUGAAAAAGAAAGCCAACUUGAUAAAAACAUACAAGCAUGCUUGAGCAACAACCUUCAGGAUUUAGUAAAGUCACUAGUAUCGAUCACUGAUACCUUAAAUAGAAUACGUUCACCAGAUUGCUUAAUCAGUUCCAGGUUAAAUAUUACAACCGACGAUUCAGGAAAAGUUAAUAUUGAGUUAGAUGGAAAGCAAAUUAAACUAGACCAGUUAAUAAAUAUGUUAUCUGAAGUAAAAACAAAAUUAAUUGAUAAUGAUGAUAUUAUUUCAAAGACCUUAAUUUCAGCAGAUUAA